GAAUGCCGAGGUUAGCCGGAGUCUGGGGUUUAGGGGCUGCGAGGCCAUGCAAUGGGGGAUUGCUUACCGAGAGGGUGGCAGACGAGAGCCUCCAUCAUACCGGCACCACCACCAGCUUUAUUAGCAUGGAAAGGUUAGCAGUUUGUCCUUGAUACGCCGCGACCAGACUGCCCGGCGCAUUGCGCGCGAGUAGUAGCCUCCCGUCUCAUCUCUUCUCCUCCAGCUGUGGGAGGCUCACCAAUGAGGUUGGUGGCAGCGGAAGUCCGCUUCUUAGGAUCCUGGUUGACCUUGGUCGCCAUUGCUGCGGUUUGUGUAUGUGUGUAGUGUGUGGUGUUGAAGGAUGGUGAUGUUCGGUGUAAGUGGUAUUAAAUCGGUUCGGCGCAACGGUGACAAAUCGUCGGUAUGGGUCCGUCUAUGGCGUGUUCAAGUGGUAAUUACUAAUUCCCCCGUAAAAGAGAAGAAAAAGGAGCGAAAGGGAGAAUACAAGUCCAGUUCCCGGGGGAUAUCCGAUCUAGAUAGAGUCGCGGCGAGACAGGAUGACACCCUGAGUUGCCAAGGACGAGGCCGGUUUGGGCGCGAGUCAGUGGUAAGGAGGAUUGUUAACACCGGAAACGUAGGACUUGGUAGAUCGGACUCCACUUCUGUGCUCACGGCGAUGGAGACAGCAGAGGACCCUCUAGCAGCGGUUAAAAAGAAUGGUAAAAAAGGGAGUUGGAGUCGGGUAAGGGGAGGCAGGCGGAGAAUAUGGAGCUUGAUGUCAACAAGGACGGCAAGGUACACGACGACUUAUAACGAGGACAUGUGCCAUCUUCCACCAGGUGUCUUUGUUCUCUUGCCGUCACUUUGCUCGAUACGGUCAGGUCGGGCAACUCGGAAGCUUCCAUAUGACGCAGAUCUCAGGACAGAGCUGAGCCGAGCACCGCGGUGGCCCGGCGACCUGUAACAGAGUCUCCAGGAAAGGAAGAAGCGGUGGUGCCGCGUGUGUACCGUCCCGGAUGAGGCCGGGGACA